AAUACCGCCCGACAAUCGUAUAAUAAAUGUAUUGAAUCGCGAUUCGUGCAGUGCUACGGAGUACGGUCACCGAACCGUCGCUGUCCUGUUCAGUAAAACAUCUGUUCCUUUAACCUCUCACCCAUUUUCGUUUUAAAAAUACUAUCGAGUGAUCAACCAUCUCUUUCGGCCAGGACAGUUGAGGAGAAAAAUUCUCUCCGACCGUAAACCCUUUGAGAGAAUUCUUUUUCGACCUCAUCUCCCAUCGACGACCGUUCGCCAUGGCUCACAGGAUAUUUCACAAGAUCAACAACGUUACCCAGUACCUAGCUCGUUCCUACGGCGUUGAAGCUCGUAAAGUGACUUUGAUCCCCGGCGAUGGAAUUGGUCCAGAAAUUUCGGCCGCUGUUCAGAAGAUUUUCGAAGCCGCUAAAACUCCAAUCGAAUGGGAUGUAGUUGAUGUUACUCCUGUAAGAGCACCAGAUGGUACAAUGAAAAUACCAUCUAAAGCUAUUGAAUCGGUAAACACUAAUAAAAUUGGAUUAAAAGGGCCUCUUAUGACACCAGUUGGAAAAGGUCAUCGAUCAUUGAACUUGGCGCUUAGAAAAGAAUUCAAUUUAUACGCCAAUGUAAGGCCAUGUCGCUCACUUGAGGGAUAUCCUACAUUAUAUGAAAAUGUAGAUGUAGUAACAAUUCGAGAAAAUACUGAAGGUGAAUAUUCAGGAAUUGAACACGAAAUUGUUGAAGGAGUAGUACAAUCCAUCAAAUUGAUCACAGAAGAAGCUUCAACUAGGGUAGCUGAAUUUGCUUUUAAAUAUGCUGUUGAAAAUAAACGAUCCAAGGUCACUGCUGUACAUAAGGCUAACAUUAUGAGAAUGUCUGAUGGUUUGUUCUUGAGGUGCUGCCGUAUGGCAGCUUCAAAGUACCCACAAAUCAAAUUUGAAGAAAAAUACUUAGAUACAGUAUGUUUAACCAUGGUUCAAGAUCCAAGUCAUUAUGAUGUCUUGGUAAUGCCUAAUUUGUAUGGUGAUAUAUUGUCAGAUAUGUGUGCUGGUUUGGUUGGUGGCUUAGGUCUGACACCCAGUGGAAACAUUGGUAGCAAUGGUGCUUUGUUUGAAUCUGUUCAUGGAACCGCUCCGGACAUAGCUGGCAAAGAUUUGGCCAAUCCUACUGCUCUUCUGCUAUCAGCUGUAAUGAUGUUGCGCCACAUGGAACUCAACAGCCAAGCUGACAUUAUUCAAAAAGCUUGUUUUGAUACAAUCAAAGAAGGCAAAUACAGAACUGGAGAUUUAGGCGGAAAAGCGAAGUGCUCAGAAUUUACAGAUGAAAUUUGCCGUAAAGUUGAAGAGUCUUCUUAACUUCAUGUUAAGAAAUAAUUGUUGGUCCAUCAAUUUUAAUUAUUUGUAUUUGUGUAUAUUUAUCUUGUGAAAAAACUAGGCCACACAGAUUAGCAAUAACCCUCUCGAGUUUUUCGUGUUUGUUCCUUUCUAUUUAAAUAUAAAAGUAAUAUUUUAUCCAGUAAUUGUAUAAUUUAACUAGGAUUUUUUAUGAAAAUGAUGGUUUUUACUAGUACCGAGUCAUUAUUUCUGUGAUAAAUAUUUAGAAGGAAAACCAUUCGUCAAUUUUUAACUGUCAUUUUCCAUUAAUUCAUUUAUCACAUAAUUCAUUUGUUGAUUAAUUACUAUAUAUCAUUUAUUAAUUAUUUUAUAAUUUUCAAGAUCAAAAAUAUCUAUCACCCAUGACUUGAUGUACUAAUAACAAUAAAUCAUUUGCUUUACAAUUUAA